GCCUCUUCCAAGCCGGAUGCCUUCGAUGUAGGCGCCGGUGCCGAUCCCUUGGGGCCGCAAGGCGGCGGACUCGCCCACAGCUCACCCAACCAAUCGUCAGCAAGGACUCCUCGAGUGAGUCAGUCAGUCAGGCAGUCCGCAGGGCUGCGGUGCGAGCUCCAGCAGCGGCACACGCAAAGGAGAACGCACGUCAAUGCGUCCUGGGCCUUGCUGGUGCCGCUGGGUUUGUCCUUGCCCUCCCGAGAGGUUGUCUGUGCAGGUGCUGGCGCCAGCGUUGGCUGAGACCUUGUGGCAGCUUGUGUGUCCAGCUGAGGGGCGCCCAAGGCACCCAGCGGUAUGAUGCCCUCUGGAACUUCAUCCUCCAACUGCUGGGUAAUCCUCUCGCCGACGACUGCAGCACCUUCACAGCCAUCUCUUCGAACGGACGGCCGUGAAGGACGGGCUUGGUCGCCUGCCGACAUCAGCUCCCUGAUGGAGCACACAAGGGUGCAUGAAGGGGUCCAUUGUCAGUCGGUCUAGUUCCCUCCCUACCUGGAGGUCGCGGCCUGUGCUGUGCCAUCGACUUGCGCAGCGCCGUCCUGAUGCCUGACCAAGGGCACGCACAAACACGCCAACACACAAACACACCGCACGCCCUCACAAGACGAGAUGAGCAGACAAGCUGCAACUGCAGGUGAUCUUCAUCCUUGCGCACCUUGGGGGGAGAUCACCGUGCUUGCGCGCAACGUCCUCGAACAUCAACAGCAAGGUGUCCUUGUCGUUAACUGUAUAGUCGUCGUUAACGUACUUGGCGGGGGCACGAUACUCAUCCCGCGUCCACUUCUUCAAGCUGAAGUGAGCGAGAAUUCCCCGCUUCUCCUCGUCGACUUCGGAAUCCUUUUGAAGCCGAACGAGGACAGUCACCACGCUACCGAAUUUUCGCUCCCCACUGCACCAGUGCCUCCCCAACAACCCAAGGUUGUCUAAAAGGUUCCCCAACCAGUCAACAAGCAUUUUGGCUCCUCCUUCCCUCCCUACACGGGGGUCGCCGCCUGUGGACCGGUGGGCAGACCGACGUCCGGAUGCCUGACCAAGGGCACGCACAAACACGCCAACACACAAACACACCGCACGCCCUCACAAGACGAGACGAGCAGACAAGCUGCAGCUGCAGGUGAUCUUCUUCAUCCUUGCGCACCUUGGGGGGAGAUCACCGUGCUUGCGCGCAACGUCCUCGAACACCAACAGGAGGGUGUCCUUCUUGUUGACCGUGUAGUCUUCGUUGACGUACUGGGCGAGGGUACGAUACUCCUCCCGCGUCAACUUGCCCGGGUCGAAGUUAGCGAGGAUUCCCCGCUUCUGGUCGUCGACUUCCUUUUCGAGCUGAGCGAGGGCAGUCCCCACGAUACAGAAUUUUGGCUCCCUAUAGCACCAGUGCCGGCCGAACAACCCAAGGUUGUCUAAAAGGUUCCCCAACCACUCGAGCAUUUUGGCUCCUCCUUCCCUCGAG